CGAGGAGGAGAGUCCCGAGAGACCUGGCGUCGCUGCUCCCCGUCUUGCGGACGUGCAUGGUGCUGAUCGUGCGACGUCGUUGAUGCGCACAGCGUGCCUCCCAUUCCGUGCCCCGACGUCCGCCACAUAUCGCUGCGGCUGGGGAACGUCGACGUCCAUCAAACACUCCCUGACUAACAAAGUCCGCCGAAAGAACAACUAUUUCGUUCCUGGCCAGAUAAUAAUCACUCUUUUCGGGAAUAUUGCACGCGAGAGAACUCUAUUAGGGGAAAUACUCGUUAAAACGAGGGCACUGAACACCUUUCGCGCUUCCCUCUUCCCCUCAUCCCGCCUACCGUCCCCCGCCUCCUGUCAGCCCCUCCCCACCAUGCCGGACUCGCCGCCACGCGAGGACCCCGCCGAGGACAAGAAAGACGAGCUCGAGGACAAUGGCGGCGAGCCAGAGACUGUCGAAGCACAAUUGGAGCCCGCACAGCCCGUCAAGCGUGGACGAGGCCGUCCACGAGGCUCGAAGAACAAGAAGACUCUUGCUGCCAGGCAGCCACCACAGGCAGCUCAACAGCAGGCGCGUCGUCCGAUGCUCCCGUGAAACGACCGAGAGGCCGUCCGCGCAAGCGGCCUGCGGAGGAUGAGGCACCCUCGGAGCCGAAACCGAAGCGUAAACGAGGUAGACCACCCAAGAACAAGCCCGCUGAGGCCCCAGCAGAGCCAGAGGGCGGCGAGGGUGAGGCAGAGGCCGCGGAGUCGAGCGAACCUCCCAAGAAGAAGAGAGGACGACCGCCCAAGAACAAGAACGCCAGCUCCUGAGUAGCUGAGUUACUACUCC